ACAGAUGAAUAUUUAAAGAAUUUAAAUUUAAAAGACGCUGUUUGUAUGUUGGCACAUGCAUGGGAACAAUUAAGCCCUGUCGUCGUGGAAAAAUGCUGGCAUCCGCUUUUAAAAGAUGAUGUUUUUAAUGAAGAAGGAGCAAACUGUAGCGAAGAUGACGACAUCCCCUUGAGUGUCUUACGUUCAAAUACAAUUCAGCAACAAUCAACAGAGUAUGCGGAAAUAAAUAAUUUGCUGGAGAGCAUAGUUCCAGAAGUUACGUUUAAUACAGCAGAUUUGGUUGCUUGGGUUUCAACGGAUGACCCUAUUGAAGACUUGAAUAUAGUGGAUGACGUUGCCGUUUUAGGUUCAGAAGAAGACGAAGAACCAAAUGAAAAAUGCAAUAUAACCGCUUCAGAAGCCGUUUCAGUCUUUAACAAGGCUAUAGAGUGGGGAGGAGGCUGUCAAGCAAUGCCUUAA